AAGAAAACAAAAAUGUCGACCACGAAUCUCACCAAGGUUAUAUUUUUACGCACCCUAUGCUGUUUCCAUGUUUAGUGGCUCAGAAGGAAUUUAUGAAAUCAUUGUUUUCUCACUAGCUAAUACUCGCCUACAGCCAUUUUAAUCGCUAAACUAAGUGACUAAAUUGAUAUAAUGCUAAAUUAUUGAAAUAAUUUUCCUAUUGAUUUUAUAUGUUUAGUCCAUAGGCUAAAGCUAUAGCUGUUUAUCAUGCAAUUUCGUUUAUUAUCAUAGUUGGUACACGUAGCUUCAAAUGGUUGCGCCUAAUCAGGAAAAUUUUUGCCACAGUGUACAUUCCUGAGCCCGCGCCCCCCUCAAAAAACAAACAAAAACAAAAACAAACUGAUGAACGAAAAUCCAAACAAAAAAGACAAGAGAAAUGGAACGAGGUUAUAGUGGGAACAAGACUGCUUAUUUAACUUGUUGGUAAUUCCACGUUUAUUUUCUUUAGUGUCGGAAAGCAAGUUGAUCAUUCAACGUUUAACAGAGCUAUGGAGUCUGAAGAAGCUGACAAAGUCGAGUUUUCACAACCCCAGACAAACGUCCGCAAGAGAAAGCCAAGUCUGGUGCGAGCAAUAGCCAAAGUAUUUUGGCAGAAUUUUGUUUUAGCAGCUGUCUUCAAACUCGCAUACGAUACAGUGCAGUUUGUACAACCACAGCUACUGAAUUUGCUGAUCGAAUACUUAGAGGACCGAAACAGUAAGCUUGCAGUAUGGAAAGGAUAUAUCUUCGCCGGAGCUAUGUUUUUAACAGCGAUUAUACAGUCCUUUUUACUCCAGUAUUACCUUCAUCACUGUUAUUUAGUGGGAAUGAAGCUUAAAACGGCCUUGUUGGGGCUCAUCUAUGAGAAGGUAAAUGAAGGAAAGCAGGUAGGCAGGAAAGAAGAAAGGAGGGAGGGAGAGAGGAAGGAAGUGAGGAGUCAGGUGCUGAAAUUGUAUGCGUGGGAAGAACCGUUUCUAAGUAAAAUUAUGAGAAUAAGAAAAAAUGAACUGAAGUAUCUCAGAAAUGCCUCGUGUUUUAACGCAAUCAUUGAAUUCACAUUCACUUGCGCCCCUUUCUUGGUUUCCUUCGCUACGUUUGGAGUAUACGUUUUGACUAACAAUGAGCUGACAGCUGCCAAAACGUUUGUUGCCAUGUCUCUGUUUAACAUUAUAAGACUUCCCUUGACUCUUUUACCCCAAUGUGUUGUGAGCUUUGUGCAGUCGCUGGUCUCAGUUAGACGUAUCACAGAGUUCUUGAAUCUUGAAGAAGUAAAUCCUGAUAACAUACAAAAGACUAUGCCCACCGGGAGCAACAGUGAAUUAGCCAUCCAUGUGAAAAACGGAUUGUUUAGCUGGGAUAAGGACGAGCUGCCUGUCUUAGAAAACAUCAGCUUAGACAUUCCCGCUGGAUCUCUUGUGGCUGUUGUUGGUCCCGUUGGAAGUGGAAAAUCAUCAUUGCUGUCUGCAUUUCUGGGAGAAACAGAGAAACUUGAAGGGCUAGUGGCUGUCAAGGGUGCGGUGGCUUACGUGCCACAGCAAGCAUGGAUGCAGAAUGCCACAUUACGAGACAACAUUACUUUUGGAAAGCCCUUCAACUCAAGAGUGUAUCAGAAAGUGAUUGAUUCAUGUGCUCUGAAAACGGAUUUGGAAAUUCUUCCAGGAGGUGACAUGACCGAGAUUGGGGAACGAGGUAUUAACCUGAGUGGCGGUCAAAAACAGCGUAUCAACCUGGCUCGCGCUGUGUAUUUCAAUGCUGAUGUUUACUUGCUGGAUGAUCCACUCAGUGCUGUAGACGCACAUGUGGGAAAACACCUGUUCGAAAAAGUUAUCGGACCUAAGGGAACUCUGCAUAAAAAGACGCGUGUCCUGGUAACUCAUAACAUUAGCUUUCUUCCACAAGUUGAUAAAAUCAUCGUUCUUAAAGAUGGAACAGUGUCUGAGGUAAGCGGGUGCAUAUUAAUAACCUUGACAUUCAGAAGUGUCUCUAAUUUUGCCUUAUACACAGUCUAUAGAGUGUUCGACUUGUUCAAACUUGUCUUCGUAGAGGAACGUCGAGCCAGAGGACAUACAUUCUUAGAGGGAAUUCAGGAAUCAGAUAAUGAAGAAACCACGGCGGAAAAUGGCAACGAAACGUCGGAUACGACGGGAAAAGGGCCUGAAAUGGAAAUCACCGGAGAUGAUGAACAUUUAAGUGUUAAUUCCCAAGGGGAUCCCCGCAGAAGUCGGUCAAGCACAAUUCUACCAAAAAUUAUACAACCUGAUAUGGAAAUUACCGAAGAUGAGGAAGAUUUAACUGUUAAAUCCCAUGAGGAUCGUCACAGGAGUAGAUCAAACACAAUUCUACCUAACAUUACAGAGCCUGAAAUGGAAAAUAACGAAGGAUAUGAGGAAUAUUUAACUGUUAAAUCCCAAGGUGAUCGUCGCAGAAGUAGAUCCAGCACAAUUCUACCAAAAAUUACUGAGUUUGAAAUAGAAAUUACCAAAGACGCAGAGGAUGACGAUUUUGAAGAUUUAAAUGUUAAUUCUCAAGGUAACCGGCGCACAAGCCAAACCACCUCUCUCGACGAGAUCCAGGAAUCAGAAGAAGAAAAAGGAUCAUCUCUUGAAAUCAGUUCUGAAACAGAAAUCGAUGGGACAUCUGAAGCGAAACCAGAGAGUCGAAAACGCAAGCAAGCAAUGUUCAGUAAGUUUACCUCUGUUCCUAAUGUUAAUCGAAAAGGCUCUGCACAGGAAAACCAGUUCCAAAACUCAGCUCACACUGGCCUAGUCAGGACGAGAUCAACGACUCUACCAACAAGCUGGGGAGAGGACAACCAACUAACUACCGAGAGUUGGGCACCAGCAUUCUCUGGACGAUAUCGAUCACAGACGACAUUGGAGUUCGCACCUCAAAUCGAGGAUGUUGCGUACGAACCGGGCAUUUGGAUGCCACAAAAGAUCAGAGCAAAUAGCCAUUGUGAGCGAAUUAGGAAAAUCAGCAACAUACGAGGAACAUCGCCAAGGUACUCAAGAGUGAGCUCAGGAACGGUUCUCUCCACUAUAAGCUGGCAAGAAGUUGAGAAAAAUGAGGUCAGCAGGAGGAAACGAGCGGAGAGUCUUAUGUCGACGAUUACUUCUGAUGGUGGAGAUGUAGAUUUUCUGUGCUCUUCUCAGCCUCAGGAUAAUUUAGCAGAAAUGAUGACAUCUAAAGAGACCUCACAGUCUGGAUCGGUAAAAAUGUCCGUUUUUUGGCACUACAUAAAAUCCAUGACCGUCUGCCUUUUUGCCUCAUUUUUUCUGUGCCUUCUUCUCGCCGAGUGCUGGUCAGUAGCAGCUCGGAUUUGGCUUGCCGACUGGAGCAGCUCUCCAACUAACUCAACAGCGCAGCAGACGAGAGACCUUGCAAUAUACGGCGGACUUGGAUUCUGUCAAGCUGUGUUUAUCCUACUGGCUUGUUUCAUUCAGGCACUCGGUUCAGUGAUGGCUUCUCGUAGACUUCAUCGCUGUUUGCUUCUGAACAUUCUUCACUCUCCCAUGGUAUUCUUCGAGACAACGCCUUUAGGAAGGAUCGUCAACCGAUUUUCCAAAGACCUGGACACUAUUGACGAUCUUGUUCCAAGAUCUAUCAUCACAUUUUUUAGAAGCACCCUGGAAAUGUUUGCUGUAAUUUUUAUCAUUAGCUUUGCGACUCCCCUGUUCCUGGCAGUGAUCUUACCGCUUGCGGUUCUCUACAUCUUUAUGCAGAGAGUGUACACAGCAACGACCCGACAGCUAAGGAGAAUCGAGUCUAUCAACAGAUCCCCUAUCUACAAUCACUUCUUUGAAACCAUGAACGGUGUGAGUACUAUCAGAGCUUACUCACAGCAACAACGGUUCAUUGAGGACAAUUUCUUUAAAGUGGAUGAGAACCAAGUAGCAUAUUAUCCAACUAUAAUUUCUUUCAGGUGGAUCUCACUGAGGUUAGACUUUAUCGGCAACUGCGUUAUCCUUUUCGCUGCGCUGUUUGCCGUCAUCAGCCGAGAUAAGAUAGAGAGUAGUCUUGCUGGAUUGUCAAUUGUGUAUGCUCUACAGAUUACUCACAAUCUCAACUGGAUAGUGCGUAAAGGAAGUGAACUUGAGUCUAACAUUGUAUCUGUGGAACGCAUUCGAGAAUAUUCCGAGAUUGCUACAGAGGCCGAAUGGAUAAUCCAGGAUAGUCGCCCACCAGAUGGAUGGCCUCAAAAUGGAAAUAUAACAUUCGAAGAUUUUGAUCUGAGGUAUAGAGAAGGACUUCCUCUUGUGUUGAAAAAUAUCAACUGCGUCAUUACACCUGGUGAAAAGAUCGGUAUUGUAGGUCGUACAGGAGCCGGGAAAUCCACCUUGACCCAGGCUUUGUUCCGCAUUCUGGAGAGAGGAAGCGGGAAAAUUCGUAUUGAUGAUAUCGACAUCGCAACGAUUGGCCUCCAAGAUCUUCGUCAGAGACUGACUAUUAUUCCACAGGAUCCAGUGUUGUUUUCUGGCACUCUUCGUCAAAACUUGGAUCCAUUUGGAAGACACACAGAUGAACAGUUAUGGAAAAUACUUGAAGCGAGCCACCUUAAAACAUUUGCAGCUGAAACCGAAAGUGGAUUACAGUUCAAGAUUGUUGAAGGUGGAGACAAUUUGAGCGUCGGUCAACGCCAAUUAGUCUGCCUGGCACGAGCUCUUCUCCGCAAAGGAAAAAUCUUAAUUCUUGAUGAAGCCACGUCCGCAGUUGACUUGGAAACUGAUGAACUCAUUCAACAGACAAUUCGUCGUGAGUUCGCUGACCGCACAGUUUUGACAAUUGCGCACAGGCUCAACACUAUUAUGGACUACACAAGGAUCAUGGUUCUAGACAAAGGAUUUGUGGUCGAGUUUGACACACCCCUUAACCUGUUGGUACAGAAAGGAAUCUUCUACAGCAUGGCACGAGAGGCAGGGAUUGUGUAAAUAACGAGUGCCGUCAACUUGACUCAUUGGAAAUGUCUCUUGGAAAUGAUUUUUCUUUUGUUCUUGGGGGACACUAAAUUCGGUACUCGAAAACUCGAAGUCAGGUGACUUGAAGUGAUAAUUGACUUAAUAAUAAAUAUUCUGUCUUAGUCGUGCUUCA